GGAAAACGGGAUUCCACGUUGUGCUCCCGUGGAUUUGCCAAGAAUUGAAUCUGAGGGCAAUGCCCCCUUCUUCCAGCCCCAGGAACAGCUUGGCCAGGAGCAGGACAUGAGAGCUUCAUCUGCUGCGGGAGCUGAAGGCUAUCCUGGGCAGUGCCUGGCAGAUCUCCCUCCUCAGGCCGUCCCAGCUGGGCAGAGCCAGGAGAGCAGGGGAACAUUUCCCCUCUGUGUUCAGACAGAGCCCAAAUUAACCCAAAUCUCCCCAGUCCUGAUAAGAUAAGGAAGAUAAGGAGUCCUUUCACCCAGCUGCAGGUACAUCCCUUUCCAGGGGGCUGCUGGAGGUACCGUUUCUUUUCUUUUCCCUGAUAUUGCUCCAGCUCCCAUUCCCAAAUCCUUUUGAUCUCAUCCAGGCCCAUCCUCGUGCUGCCUGGGACGUUCUCCUGGUGAAUGUGGCGCUUUCUCUGUGGCUUUGGGAUGGGACAAGAGGCUGGUGGCACCUCCAGGACACCGCCCUGUGUCCCUCCCAUCCGUAGGGCUGCUUCCCAUUAUCCCUCCCUGCCACAGCGGCUCCGUGACUGGCACAGCUGCCCUGGCAGCCCUUCCCAGCCCGGGGGGAGGCCGGCCGUGUCGUUCAUGACACUUUUCCUCCUCUCCAGGGGCUCUGGCCGGGCUGGGACCUCCAUCCCGAGGUGCCUCGGGGUGUGGCAGAUGCGGAGCGUGUCCCCCCGGGUCCCUCCUGCCUCCGCAGCGUCACCUCCCCGGGCGGUGGGGGGGGGGGACGGGACAGAUGUGCCACAUGUUCUGCAGCUGGAUCCUCCCUCCCAGCUGUGCCUGGGCUGCCUGCACGGGGACACUGCUGUGGGCACAGGAAUGUCACAGGGAAGUGUCGCCCCGUGUGUGCCCUCGUGCAGAUCCGCUGUCCCUGCUCCCAGGUUUGGGAUGCUGUGGGGACAGGUGGCACUGGGAGGUGGCUCUACAGGAUCAGGUCCCUGCCACCCCCAGCCUGCUCUCGAGCUCUCCGGAAAGAGGAAGGGGAUGGUUUCCCUGAAGGAAAGCUGAGCUCCGUGGCAGGAAGGGCUCCUGCCACCCAGGGUGACCGUCCCACUGUCCCCAGCCUCCAGAGGGGACAGGAUGCUGCCAGUGUCCACCAGCAGCAGGAAUCUCAUCCCCAGCCCCUGCGCUGGGGCAGGAGCUGGAACGUCAGUGCCACAUGACCACGCGCCACCACCCCCAGCGUCACUGUCACCACACUGGCACAGCCUCCACGCCAAGGGAUGUGGCUCCUCACAGGCUCGCCCGCUCUCCAGCAGCUUUUCCUGGCCAUUCUCACAGCUUCAGAACCCCCUGGGAGCACAGGUGCCUUCCCAGCUGCCACCCAGCACCAGUGCUGUCCUUGCAACCCCCUGGAGAUCCUGCAGGUCCCAAAACAAGACACCAUCCACACCCUGAGGAGGAGCUGAGCUGGGAGCCACGAGGGACAGAAUCCCAAACGUCAGUGCACGUGAUCCCAAGUCAAGGGAAGGUCACAAGGGGACAAUAAUCAACCACCCAGGCAUGUCCUGUCAAGCGGGCUGGCGGGCAGCGGGGUGGCCUGGAACGAGAGCCAGCACUGCCGGCUGCUGCUGCCGGAGCAGCUGCAGCUGUGCCGCCGGCACCUGGAGGUGAUGCCCAGCAUCGUGCGGGCUGCCCGGCGCACGCAGGAGCUGUGCCAGCGGAGCUUUGCAGACAUGCGGUGGAACUGCUCCUCCAUCCGGAGCGCCCCCAGCUUCGGCCCCGAGCUGCUCACAGGAACACGGGAAGCCGCCUUCGUGCACGCCCUGGCGGCGGCGGCCGCGGCCCAGGGCAUCGCCCGCUCCUGCGCCUCCGGAGAGCUCCCGCGGUGCUCCUGCGGGCCCGGGCCCGCCGAGCCCCCCGCGCCCGGCUCCCGCUGGGGCGGCUGCGGCGACAACCUGAGCCACGGCCUGCAGCUCGGAGCCGCCUUCACCGACGGCUCCGCCAGAGCCGGCACCGGGAGCACGCCCGGGCUCAGGGCCGUGAACCGGCACAACGGAGCCGUGGGGCGGGCGGUGCUCAGUGAUUCCCUGGAUACCAGGUGUAAAUGCCACGGGGUUUCAGGCUCCUGCUCCGUGAAAACCUGCUGGAAAGGGCUGCCAGACCUGGGUGAAAUCGCCUCUGACCUCAAAUCCAGGUACCUGGCAGCCCUCAAGGUGACCCAUCGGCUCGUGGGGCCCAGGAAGCAGCUGAUCCCCAAGGAAGGGGAUGCCAGGCCAGUGACAGAGAUGGAUCUGGUUUAUCUCAUCAGCUCUCCUGACUACUGCACCCCAAACCCCCAGCUGGGUUCUCUGGGGACACAGGACAGGCCGUGCAACAGGAGCUCGGUGGGCAGUGACAGCUGUGACCUGCUGUGCUGCGGCCGUGGCUACAACACCUACACGGAGGAGGUGCAGGAGCGCUGCCACUGCCGCUACCGCUGGUGCUGCUCCGUGGUGUGCAGGCGCUGCCGGCGCAGCCUGGAGAGACACGUCUGCAAAUGAGCAGCAGAACCCACGCUGGCACCCACCAGGCACGGCUGGACACCAGGAGCCUGUCCCAAGGGAUGCCCCCAGCAAGGAGGAGGCUGUGCGGGAAGCCUGGUCUCUCGUGGAAAGCCUCACACUGAGAGAUUUUGGGAAGCCUUCGGUCCCUUCCAAGCCAGAUCUCGGGGCAGGACAAAGAGCUGCCCUCCUGCAGCUGGUCAGUGGCCAGCCCUUUGUCUCCAGCUGGGAAAAGCCAUCUAUCAUUCCACAGGCCCCUUUCUCUGGGAGGGAUGGGGACCCUGGGCUGCCAUUGUCCCUUCGCAGGAGGAUUCUGACAGCAGCCUGAAAGCCAGGAGUGAUAGAUGGAAGGGGGUAGAGCCAUCCACUGGGAGGAGGCUGCAGGGAUGGAACGCUGCUGCUUCGGGUGAGGGGGCCACGGGCAGAUCCCUUGGGAACAGGACUCUGCUGUGGGCUCAUCCAGGAGAAAACGCCGCUCCAGGGCCCUUUGCAGCCUCCCAGCGGAGACAUUUGCAUGGAGAUGGUGCUGCUCUUGUUGAUGGCAGAGACAUCAGGGACCGGAGAGCUCCUGGGGGCUGCCAAAACCGGGCAGCCUGGCAAACCCACCCCUGAGCACGUGUCAACAACCCGGCCAUGGCCCCACUGCAGCUUCUGCCCCCAUGUCAGAGGUGGGAGCACACUCAAUACAUUAAAUUCUCAUGGCUUGUCCUUCCUGCCCCUCCUCUGGCCCACUGAGGUCAUCAGCCUGCUCCUUGCACCCUUCAGGACCAGGUGUGUUGGAAUUCUGGCCUAGAGAGGGGACACGGCUCCAGGGUCUUGGGGAAGCAAGAAAUAACCUUUAUUUUCUGUACUUCCUGUAAGCGGGAUUCUGGUGUGUGUUUUUCAAUAAAUAAUUUUCUGUGCCUUCUUUUCUAGGACAAUAUUUCCUGCAUGCCUUUCUGAGCUGGUCCUGGAGAAAGAGGCUGUAAGGAGAGCCUUGUGUCCAUAAAGCCCCAUGUCCACACUUUUCCUUUCACACAUCUGAGGACCAGCUCACUUUUAACUCUUUCUGCUUCUCACUGGCCCCGAUUUGCCUUUAAUUACAGAUCCCAGAUUUGCCUUUAAUUACAGAUCCCAGCCUUCCUCUGCUCCUGUUUUAUCCCCUGCUUCCUCAGGUCUCCGUCUGCCUGGGAUUCAGGGCAGGUGCUGGAAGCUGUGUCAGUCCAGGGUUGUUUUCUGAUCCUUGGGAAUGUGGGCUGGAGGAGCCAAGGGUGUGUGUGAACAGCAAGGGGUUGGGAGCCAGGGA